CCCUACUUGCGUACUUGCCGCCGCAACGACAACGUCUUCAGAACCAUUUUCUAUUGCAAUUCCCGCAUUUUGAAGCCAGGGUCCAAGGCUUCGUUUAUAUGGACUAGGGUUUUAGCACGAGCGGAAGAUGACGAUGAUGGUGGGCUUCCUCCGCAAAGCCCUUGUACUCCAGGUGAGGUUUACUCUCUCAGCUUCACCAACUCCACAAAGCCUGCCUUAUCUUCACCACCACCUCUACCCAUUCUCAUCUUCAUCCGAAGCACACUCAUUCACUGUGUCUCACCUCAUAAACUCAUGUGGCUUCUCCCAUAAAGCGGCUCUAUCGGCUUCCAAAUACUUGCACUUUAAAACCCCAGAAAAACCCAAUUCGGUCUUUGCCUUCUUCAACAGCCAUGGCUUCUCCGAAUCCCAGACCUCAAAAAUUGUAAGGUCACAACCUCAACUCCUCGUAUCCGACCCAGACAAAUCCCUUUUGCCCAAACUCCAAUUUUUCUACUCCAAGGGCGCUUCUAACCCUGACGUUGUCAAGAUCAUAGCCUCUUGCCCAGUCAUCAUGAAACGAAGUUUGGAAAAUCAAAUCAUCCCAUCCUUUAAUUUCUUCAAAGAUUUCUUUCAAUCCGAGGAGAUGACAAUGGCUGCUGUUAAACGCUUUUCACGGGUUCUAAUAGUUAAUCCCCACAUCUGUGUGGAAUCUAAUAUCAAUGCGUUGCAAGAAUCUGGAGUACCCAAAUCUAAUAUUGCCGCAUUGCUAAGCCUCCAGCCUAGGGCAUUCAUGGUGAGACCAAAUCAUUUUAGGGAGAUUUUGGAGGAAGUAAAGAAAAUGGGGUUUGAUCCUUCAAAAACAAGGUUUCCCACAGCAGUCCAAGCAAUGACAGGGAUGUCAAAAUCAACCUGGGAAAGGAAGAUUGAUGCUUAUAAGAGGUGGGGCUGGUCUGAGGAAGAUAUUUGGUUAGCCUUUACAAAGUCACCCUGGUGUAUGAUAUAUUCCGAGGAUAAAAUAAUGGCAACAAUGGAUUUCUUCGUCAAUAAAAUGGGGAGGGAGUCUUCUUUGAUUGCUAACCGGCCCUUUCUCAUCGGGCUUAGCUUGGAGAAGAGAAUUAUUCCUCGGUAUUCAGUUGUUCAAGUUUUGUUGUCAAAGGGUUUGAUUGAUAAAGACAUUAGCCUGGUAGUUCUGUUUGAAUCUACUGAAAAGAUGUUUCUGGAAAAGUUUGUGAAUGGCUACAAGGAAGAAGCCCCUCAGUUAUUGAACUUGUACCAGGAAAAAGUCAAUCUUUCAGGAAAAGCAAGAGGGAAGGGGUAGUUGUAGAAUGUCAUUGGAAUUCAAAAUUUUCUGCACCUUCCCCUGUGUGGGUGAUUCUGCUGAAAAUGAGUUGGUUCUUCGCCUAUACAUUAGUGUCUUACUUCAUGAACUCAUGAGGGUUCUCCUUCCGAAAAGCUGCCAAUGCAGCUUCCAACGCCCCCACUCAGUCCUCAUCCUUUCCACAAGCCAGGGUUUCUUCCAACCCCAAAUCUCCCACUAUUGCUUCUCUUCAUAAAAGCUCUUAUACUUGCCACCCAUCCACCCUAGAACAUUUUUUGUAAAAGCUGAUAAAAUUUAAAGAAAAUAGUAGUUGUGAUGAUGGAGAAGGCUCAUCCACAUGGGAAAGAAAAAUGGAGGUUUAUCUGAGGUGGGGUUAGUAGGAGAAAGAGAUUCUCAUUGCCUAACAACCAUGUCCUAUCACCUAUGCAUGCGUCUGAGGGUAUGAUACAGCUAUAAAGGCAGUGAUGGAUUUUUUUUAGUUCAACUAAUUGGUUGGUUUGGAUGUCUUCUCCUGCUCUUUUACAAUGAACUUGGAGAAGAGAAUUGUUCCUUGGGUUUGGAUUAUUUAAGUUCAGUCUUUGAAAGAUUGGUCAGCAAAGACUUCAGCUUACAAUCAUUUUUCAUUUUUUAUAAAGACAGUCUUUGCAGAGGCUUGUGACUGGUAAGGGAGGAAGCUCCUUACUUGGGAAGCUACCUGGGGUAGGAUUCUGACUUUGGAUCCCCUUAAGGAGGGUUCGAGGAUCCCUAAUAGAUAUUACAUGUGUAAAGAAGAUGAAGAAACGAGUGAUUAUAUUCUCCUUCAUUUCACAAAAGUACAGAAUCUAUGACAAUUGAUUUUUGCUUUGCUUUGUUUGGUGUACAGUGGGUGAUGCACUCGAGGAUUUCUCUUAACUUGGUGCGGUUAUUUUAUUAGAGGAAAAAAAGAAAGGCUUGCUCCUUAAACAAUUAAAAGUUCUUUCUUAAAUCUUUUCUCGGAUCGGAUUAAAUUGUACAUUGGGACCGUUCUUUGUCGAUCUUAGAAUUUGUGGAUUGAUUAAACUCUUAUAGGACACAUUAUUUCGUUUU